UAUUAUUCUGUAUAAAUACCGGCGGCAUAUUAAAUACGUGUAUGUUAUUGUUGUUUUUACUACGAAACAUGUUGGUUCUACUAGUUUUGCUUAUUGUGGCUACAGUGGCUAAGGCAGAGGCCACCAACUGUGAUUCCAAAGGUAUAUUGGUCUAUGAAGAUAUCGGGUGUAAGCCAGUGUUUAAGGAUAAUAACCAGCAAUGCCCUUAUAAAUUUGAUUGUGUUUUUGCACAGCCCAAAAGUCCCGGGGCUUGCCUUUUUAAGGGGCGAACCUACAAGUCUGGAGAGCACAUAGAUUCAAACUUGACCUACUCGGGUUGUAGUGUGGGAUGUUUUUGUACGGAGGGUUUUAUCCAUUGUGCCGUACUGGAUUGCCCCGAGUACUUUGGUGGGCUACUUCAAGGGUGCUACCAUAGUUACGAACUAGGACAGUGCUGUUCUACCGGGACGAUAUGCGAAGAAAAAGAGAAAACUUGUGAGGUAGAUGGGGAAAUUUACAAAAUAGGACAACCGUUCUACCCGAAAGACACUUGUCUUAAGUGUGUUUGCCAUGAGGGCUUUAUUAAAGGCCAAUACGAUGAAAAAACUUGCAUGAAGCAAAACUGCAAUAUUCAAGUUAACUACCCUUUAAAUACGAUUCAAAAAUGUGCCCCUGCUUAUUUUAAAUUUGAUGAGACAACUAGAAAUGCCCUCUGUUGUCCUAACGAAUUUAUUUGUCCAGAUGAAGAAGAAUCUCACGAAGUGAUUACUGUUGAAGACUCGUCUGAUUUAAAAUGUACAUAUGGCAAUAAAACUCUUCAAUUGGGCCAAGGAUUUAUGAAGAAAAUUGAGAAGUAUGGCAAAGAGAGGAAGUUAAAAUGCGAGUGUGUUCUACCUCCGCUUCUUACGUGUAAAGAAGAGUGAUCGAUAAACGUUUGUUCCACUUUAAUACAUUAAAUAUAAAAAUUACAUGUUAAAAUUUAUUAAUAAACCAUUUUUAUUUUAA